AUGACUAUUGACCAAAGGCGUAACUCAAGUGCAUAUUCAAACAAGCCGAGGGUGCAUCAGCAUUAUAUGAUGCACUCUUUGAAGCUAUUCGAUGCUAAGGUAUCGAUAAACCACUGGCAGUUGAGAAACUGUAUUACUGCGGAUACUUUGAAUCCGGGGUCAGUGUAUUAUAUAUUUGAUCAUUCCAUCCGGUCAUUAAAUACAGGAAGUGUUGCGCGUGACAGUAGUUUAAGGAAAAGGCGACAUUCGACGUCAGUCGGAGGAGUACAGUCGAAGAAUGAUUAUCAUGUGGCUUCAAACUCUGUGGUUGAGUUUCCAUUCAAGCCUAGAUCCUUUAAUGAGAAAAGUGGCUUGGUGGUAUGUGGUGGGCAUAUUGGGAAUGAUGAUAAUGGGUAUAUACCUUCUCGACCGAUGAGCAGUUAUGAUCAGAGUUUUAUUUCACCCGACGAGAGAUCAAUGGAUACUGAGUGCGUAAAAUUGGCCAACACGAAUAUAUUAUCAGAUCAUACCGCUUAUAGCAACACAAGGUCAUGGAAAGGUAUAGUGUCCCUAUACAAUACUAACACCAAUGUUUCUAUGACUUGCAAGUUAGGCCAAUAUAUUAACAAUUGUGUCGAACUUUACGAAUCAUCUGAAAAUCAGUUUGAACUUUACACGUGCAACAACGAUGGCCACUUGUACCAGUGUGAAAUAAAUAACUCUGAUGUUGUACUCAAAAGAAGAUAUGCUGAUCUUAAAUUCGCAUUAAACAAUGCUGCUAUUUCACACGAUGGGAAAGUUAUGUGUGUAACUGGCGAUUCUAACAAAAUUGCACUUUACAAGAAAAAUGAGCUUACUGACGUCUUCUCUUUGAGUUACGACUCAUUAUCAGGCGGGCCUAGAAAUAGCACAGGAAAUACAGCGACUUACACACAUAAAAGAAUUCCACGAUACGCAUUACCGGAUAAUUCAUCAUAUGUGGAUCAUAUAUACGAAUUACCAGGCGCUGAUAAUGGAUUUUUCACCAGUUUUAGUGAAAAUGACAUGAUGAUGGCAACGGUAUUCCAAAAUGGGAAUUGUUACGUUUACGACAUCAGAAAUAUGGAAUAUCCUUUGACUGAAAUACAUACGACAAGGUCUCAAGGUUCUGUACCUCAAAGUGGAGCAUUUAGGAUAUGCAAAUUCAGUGAAGGGAUGGAGGACCUUUUGUUUAUUUCAGAACAUCAGCAAAGAGUUCAUGUUGUAGAUACAAGAAACUUCAUGAAUAGGCAGGUUAUCAUGGUGCCUUACAAGUAUAAAGGAACGGAUCCUUCUGGAAUCGACAGUGAAUCAAACUUGAUAUACGAGAGCCGUAACUGGCACGACCGCGGAAUUGCUAGCAAUGGUAGCAGUAAUAAUGAAAGAAGGAGGAAUUCUGAACCAGCAGUAGAAAAUCCCUAUAUUACAAUGGCAAACAAAAUUCCUAUUCAGCAUUUGCAACCAACGAUACUUCCAUAUUCAAGUGUCUCCGAUUCCUCAUAUGGAACAGAAGGCGAGAACAGUGAAUAUGAGCAAUCCACAGAGGAAUCUUUAGAUAGUACUGAGAGCUUAAAUGAUGAAGGUAUAGAUAAUUUUGUUUCGGAACAAAGCUCCAGGAGAGCAUCAAAUUUUACCGUUAGAAGGUACUCUACUGCGAAUUCAGUGCUAGAUAAUGUGAACGAAGAGCCUGUGAACAACAUCGACCCAACAAUUAUGAACACUAGCAGCAAUCCCUUUGAAGACAGUAGCCCCACUUACCCCACAUCUAGCUCAGUUAUCCAAACCUUGAGACAGAAUUACGAAGAGGGGCCUGGAGCUACUAUUCCAGUUAUGAGACCAUUCCAGAUGCCAGGUAGAUUGGUAAGAAGAAGACCAAGGAACUUUUCUGUUGGGAGGAAUCCACACGAUAUAGCUUCUGAAUGGGAAGAGUGUAACAUUUCAGGAAUCGAGUGGUUGCGCGACCAAGAAGGGAGCUCACUUGUGAUAGGUACGGAUUACGGUAUAAUUAAAUGGAAUAUUAAUUACUGGGCAAGAAGAAGUUUCCCAAGUUAUGAUUUUUGCUAG